AUGGAAAGUCAACAGCGCUUCCUGGGCUCGAUGUAUUUCGAGUGUGCAUUUAAGAAGAUUCCCUUGGCACAAGCGGAAUUCACAGCGGAUGCCGUCCAGUGCUUAUUCUUCACGGGCCUGUAUUUCUCUUUUCUACAAAGGCCGCUGCAGGCCUGGUCGUUCAUAAGCGCAGCUGCAACCAAGUGUAGGCUGCUUUUAUCCUAUACCCCCUCCGACCAACCUCCGGAGCGAUUAGAGUGCCUUCGCAGGAUAUUCUGGUCUUGUUAUAUACUCGAGAGUGACUUUCUGGCUGAAUUAUCCGCCCUUCCACAAACAGGCAUUGCGGAGAUCGAAUCCCUUAUUCCUCUGCCGGGCGAAUACUCCACCCAGGAGUCACAGAGCGACCAGGAACAAUCUUCUCUUUACUUUCUCGCUUGCAUCUCAAUGCGUCGACUGCUCAACCGUGUACAUGAUCUUCUAUAUGCUCGCAAUGAUGGAGUGGGUUUUGACAAUAAUCAAUUCCCCUCCGUCGUUUCGGAGCUCGGUCACCAACUAGAAGAGUGGAAAGACCUUCUACCAUUUCACUUUCAGUUUUCCGUUGACCUCGACUCGACAAAAUCUCCGGAAGGUGCCUUUCUUCGUCAGCGAUUACUAACCCUUGUAAGUAUGGCAUCCGUUGUACUCAUAACACUAGCUGCAUCUCGCGUUCAUUUCCUGAGACAGCUCAUAACACAGAAAGUUAUCGAGAUAGGUCCACACAUCAACGGACUGAUUACGCGUUGGAUGUACAUACCCGGCGAUGAGGUCUCGCCCAGUGUUCUGGAAAGCACAAAGCUAAUUGCGAACGUGUCGGCUUUAUUGAAACUCAGUUGGAAUAAAGAUUGA